AUGACAAUCAACAAUUCUGAGAAUCUGGGAACUACAGUUGGUACUUCACUGUUUGUGGUUCAAGUUGAUGCAAAUGGAACUCAAUCUGCAUCGGGAGCAACACCAGUCAUGAAUCAUAAUCAUCCUCUAUAUCUACACUCGACUGAUAGCAAAUAUACGAGUUUGCAAGGUACACCUAUGGACAACAAUCUGAAACUUACAACUAGGGAAUAUGAUGAACAUUUCUCAACUGCUUCACUCAUAGAAGAUGAAGUCCUAACUGAUCGAGGACCAUACCAAAGACUUAUUGAAAAGUUACUAUAUCUCACAGUUGCAACAACUAAAAAGGUCGUACAUGAAGCAACUCAAAGAAUAAUUAAAUAUAUCAAAAAUGAGCCUAGCCUGAAUGUGCUCCUGUCAAGUAAACCACAUGAUAAAAUUACAGCAUUUUGUGAUGCUGAUUGGGCAACAUGCCCUCAAACAAAGAAGUCUAUCACAGGUUUUCUAGUGAAGACUAGAGAUUCAACGGUGUCGUGGAAAUCAAAGAAAUAA